UUUGAUUGGUUGGUGGAUUCUAUAUAAUAAUUGUAGACUUGUCGAGUGUUGUCUCUCACUCAGGUAGAUUCACAUGCUGUUCAGUGUGUUUCAUAAAAAACUAAAGCAUUAACUAAAAAACAACAAAGCUAACUAACUAUACAAACUACACAAUGGCUGCUAACUGGAACCUGCAAGAAGAUAUAUCUGUUGAUGAUCCAGUUAUGUAUGAGCUGAUUAGAAAGGAAAAAGAAAGGCAAAGAAGGGGACUGGAAAUGAUUGCCUCUGAAAACUUUGCCAGCAAAUCAGUGUUGCAAGCUUUAGGAUCUUGUCUCAACAAUAAAUAUUCUGAAGGACUUCCAGGACAUAGAUAUUAUGGUGGUAAUGAAGUAAUUGAUGAGAUUGAACGCCUCUGUCAGAAACGUGCAUUGGAAGCAUUUAAUUUAAAACCAGAGGAAUGGGGAGUAAACGUUCAGCCCUUAUCCGGGUCACCAGCUAACUUUGCAGUCUACACAGCAUUGGUAGAGCCACAUGGAAGAAUAAUGGGCCUUCAUUUGCCUGAUGGUGGUCAUCUCAGCCAUGGCUUCAUGACAAACCAGAAGAGAGUUUCUGCUACAUCUGUGUUCUUUGAGUCAUUCCCAUACAAACUUGACCCUAAAACUGGCUAUAUUAACUAUGAUGAAUUGGAUGCAAACUCAAAAUUGUUUUUGCCUAAACUAAUCAUUGCAGGUAUUAGUUGCUACUCAAGACAUCUUGAAUACAAAAGGUUUCGACAGAUAGCUGAUGAUGUUGGUGCAUAUCUUUUGGCUGAUAUGGCCCAUGUCAGUGGUCUUGUUGCUGGAGGUGUUGCUCCAAGUCCUUUUGAGUACUGUGACAUUGUAACCACAACUACACAUAAAACCCUUAGAGGACCCAGAUCUGGACUCAUAUUUUACAGGAAAGGUGUACGCAGAGAACUCAAGGAUGGUAAGAAAGAAAUGUAUGAUUUAGAAAAGAAAAUCAAUGAUGCUGUAUUUCCUGGACUUCAGGGAGGACCUCAUAAUCAUCAAAUAGCAGCUGUUGCUGUAGCAUUAAAACAGGCAGCAACCCCAGAGUUUAAAGAGUAUCAGAAACAGGUUGUAAGCAAUGCAAAGACCAUGUGUGAUUCUCUACUUGGCAAAGGCUUUCAUAUUGUAUCAGGUGGAACUGACAAUCACCUGGUCCUGGUAGAUCUCAGAAAUAAAGAUCUGGAUGGUCCUCGAGGUGAAUUCAUCCUUGAGGAGAUUGGUAUUGCCGUUAAUAAAAACACCUGCCCGGGAGAUAAAAGUGCCCUGAAGCCCAGUGGUCUUCGUCUUGGUACCCCACCUCUCACUUCUAGGAACUUGAAAAAUGAUGACAUUAUUAAAGUAGUAGACUUCAUUGAUGAAGCAAUCACACUUGCUCAAGAAGCCAACAAAGAUUGUGGUCCCCUGCUCAAAGAUUUCAAAGCCAAGCUCCAUACUCCAGAAUUUAAAACAAAAGUUGAUAACCUCAAAGAGCGAGUUGGAAACUUUGCUAUUUCUUUUCCCCUACCAGGCUUUGAAGAUUGGUAGAUUGUACUAAGACUAAUAUUGGGAUUAGGUAUUUUUUUCUUUUUUUUUUUAAAGGAAUUUGUUAUAUACUUUUGCUGUCAAGGAAAGUUUAAUAACAAUUAAAAAUGAUAUUAUAAUUUCUCAGAACAAACAAAUGAACUAUUGAGUGAUAUAAUUCAAAGACAUGCAUAAUUAUUUUGCUUUUGCCUGAUCUUUGUUUUACAAUUUUAACUGAAUAAAUAUGAGCUUUUUUAUGAUACUGGAAAUUUUUUUUCCUAGUUUCAAUUCAUAUCAUUUUUUGACAAAAAGAUCUUGUUGAAAAUAAGUGUCAAUGCAUUUUUUUAUUCAGUGAAAGCAGGAUUUUUAGUUCUUUGCUUUUAAGAAUUUGUUUUUGCUUGUACAUUGAUCCAGAAAUCUAUGACACAUUGAUAUGUGGCUGAAAGACAUUAUAUUCCAUGACAAGUUACUUAACUUGAUUAUAGUAUUAAUAGCUGUAUUGUGUGGUCCAAGUAGUGUAAAGUCUAUCAACUGUUAAUAAACAAUGAUGCUAAAA